AAAAAUUAUGUUUCAGAAGAUGCUCAAUUAAUAAUUGAAGAAAUAAGUAGAUGAAUGUAUAUAAAUGAUAGUCGGAAGAAUAAAACAGAAGAGUAGUUACAGAAGUUGAAGAAAUGGAUAAAGAGAUUAAAACAUUAUAAGAUAUUUCAAACCUGAAAGCUCGUUUAAAAAUGAAUCAAAUGGUAAAAUAACCAUUUAAGAAAAACAAAGAAGAACCUACAACUUCUAUUUAUGUGGGAAAGUUUGAAAAUUAAUUAAAAUCAUUCUAACAAUAGACAAUUAAAAAAUAAUCUCGUAAACCUCUUUCGAUUGAAAAGAAUAGUACUAAGUCUGUAUUAAUGCCAGCAACAACUGAAAGAUAUGAUUAUAGCAAUUUUACUUAUACAAAUUUAAAGGUUGUUGGAAGUGGAUCAUUUGGAGUAGUAUACAAAGUAAAUUAUAUAUAUUUAUAUUUGCAGGCUAAAGUGAAUGAAACUGGAGAAAUAGUAGCUAUUAAGAAAGUAUUACAAGAUAGAAGAUAUAAAAAUAGAGAAUUAUAAAUACUAUAAGAAUUAGAUCAUUAAAAUGUAUUAAAGAUGAAAUAUGCUUUUUACACUCCAGCAGAGAAUAAAGAUGAAAGUUAUUUAAAUGUAGUUAUGGAUUACUUCUCAGACACUCUUUAUUCAUAUAAUAAAUCAUUUAUAAAGGAUUUUAAGAGAAUGCCUGAACUUUUAGUUAAAAUUUUUAGUUAUCAAUUAUUGAGAUCUAUAGCGUAUUAAAUAUUAUUAAUUUCAUAGUUAUAUUUCUAUAUUAGGAAUAUGUCAUAGAGAUAUCAAACCACAUAAUGUAUUAGUUAAUCCAGAAACUAAUAAAUUAUAAUUAUGUGAUUUUGGAAGUGCCAAGAGAUUAAUAUCAGGUGAACCUAAUAUAGCUUAUAUUUGUUCAAGAUGUUAUAGAGCUCCAGAACUUAUAUUUGGAGCUACUGAUUACAAUACUUAAAUUGAUGUUUGGUCUGUAGGUUGUGUUAUUGCUGAAUUAAUAAAUGGUGAACCAUUAUUUUUAGGAGAUUCAGCUGUUGAUUAAAUGGUUGAAAUUGUAAAAGUGCUUGGUACACCUUCUAAGGAAUAGAUCUUAAGUAUGAAUAAAAAUUAUGAUAUGCAGUAGUAUUAAUUUGCUACUAUUAAAUAAAGAGAUUGGAGAAGAGUAUAAUAAUUAAAUUAAUUUUAUAGGUAUUAAAAACUAAAGAUCCAAAAGCUAUAGAUUUAGUUUCAAAAUUAUUAACUUAUUGUCCUAAAACUCGAUUCACUCCUCUUUAAUCGUUGGCACAUCCAUAUUUUGAUGAAUUGAGAGAUUAAUUUAAAACAAUCUAAAGCACAAUCAAACUUAGUGCUUCUGAUCUAUUUGAAUUUUCAAAUGGUAUUAAUUUAUAUUUAAAAUAUUAGAAGAAACAUCUAAAAUGACUUAAUAAUAAAUGAUAACAUUAAUACCAGAUUGGUAUGCUAAUACUUCGAAACCUUUAAAAACAAUUUGCUGA